CAUACAUACCCAGGCAACCAGCGAUGAGAGUGGUGACCAAAGAUCCUUUAGUCAUGACACCCAAUUGUCCACCCUAGACUCGAGGCAAUCUAGGAUUUAAACCAUGAGCGGAAAUUAGUCCCUACUAUCUUAUUCGGUCUGCAUGAGCUGAACACGAAAACAAGCAUGGAUAAAAAUGAUUUGUACCAUGUAAGCAUGUGCGGCUCUAGGCCAUCCAGAUCAUCGAAUGCAAAAGAAAUCCCCGCAGAUAUUCCCAUCUCAGUCGGGUCGUCCAAGUUCCUACCUUAAUCUUUCAUAAUAUUUUAUCAUUCGUUUGGUCAAGUUGUGGGAGUCGACGGGACUCUACCUUAUAUUCACCAUGUUUUGCAUAACGGCUCCGUUCUUUAUACUUCCAUAUCUCCUUGGUCGAUCCUCUGGUGCUAUAAUCAUAUCCACAGCUGCUCCAACAACCUCUCUCUCCACUGACGAGAUACCUACUUCUAUACAAACACCACCACCGGUAAUAGAUUUAGAGGCAAGAGAUAGGGCUGGUGGUCUUUGCGGUUACUAUCGCGGAGAUGCAGCAAGCCCAUAUAUAUGUUAUUCCGGAUACAGCUGUGUUCAGGACCAUGACAACAACGCCAUCGGCUGCGUUCAGACCAAUACAAAGAAAGAGCUUCUCGGAGUUGUCUAUACUACAUGUCUAAACUAUAACGUAUACCAGCAAUAUUCCGUAGGGCCCCGUACCGGCUGUUGCACGAAUUCAAAGUACCCCGCCUGCGUCUGGAACACAUAUACCGGAGCGGACGCAGAAGGAUAUACUUUAAUACAAUGCACACAGACUUACUUCCAGCCCGGUAGGCUCUUAGCUUGGGAUGCUUCAACGUCUGGUACGGCCGGCCCGACGACUAUGUUCAUCGGCAUUCAAACAGCGAUUAAUAACAAUUCAACCAACACCUCGCCGACGACUAGCGCGCCCAGCCCAUCAAGCUCAUCUAGUGGGCUAUCGACAUCGGACAAGAUCACACUAGGGACAGCUUUAGGGCUCGGCCUACCAGCGACGAUCGCCGGCGUCAUCGGGACUUGGUAUGCGUAUAAGUCUUGGAAAAGCAAGAAGAGCAAACAAGAGGACGAUCAGCGUCCUUUCCUGGAUCACAGGUCAACCGGGCCAUCAAUUAUUGCAUAGUUGUCUUCCUACCAUACCGAUAUACACAAGUUGGAAGUUUAAUAUGGAGGAAAGAUAAGGGGGUGGCGUUUGCGCCACUAUGGCUUGAGGAAAGGGGUUUGUGUUACUCUAUUAAGUUUUGAGCAUGGUACUGUAUGUAUAGAAAGGGGCGAAGUUAUUUGAUGCUUGGUAAUAAUCGCGAGGAAAUAGACUGGGGGGUUUCAAAGUAGUGGUUUGGGACUCUUACAAUGAGGCAUACCUAGCAAGCAAGCUGGACAGAACACGCAUAGCUCCACACGAACACGUCCAAGGAGAAUUUAACAAUAAACACAUUAUCAUUUAAGUUAUACCCUUCUAUAUAAUAAGAAACAUUACGAACUACC